AUGGAACCAAAUCAUAAUAAAGAGGGCUACACCUAUGUGCCAACUGAUGAUCAUGAAUAAAAGGGAUAACCAAACCCCAUUCUAAAUCAAAACCCCCAAUAAUAAUAACAGUUUUAAGCUCAAACUUAAUAAAUGCCAUAAUAAUAGUAGUAGUAGCCCCCAAUGUACAUGCAAAAUAAUCCAUAUGGCAACCAGCAAUAGCAACCUUUAUUGUAAAACUAACCAGGAUAUGUGCCUCCUCCUCACUUUUAACAGAUGCCACCAAAUGGAAAUCCAUAUACAUAGCCAUUAUAAUAUGGCAUGCCACCAAAUCCAAAUAUGUAUCAGUAAUAGCCAGGUGGAUUUUACCAGCCACCACCUCCACAGGGUUACUACUAACCACCUGGUGGUUUAACACAACCAGGACCUGGAGGUGUUUAACCUUAAAAAAUUGAGGUCAGAAUCGAAUAAACCCCUUAAUCUGCUCAUCAUGGGCACGGUCAUGGGCAUGGUCACGGGCAUGGUCAUGGACAUGGUCAUGGGCAUCAUCAUCCAGGAGUAAUAUAUACUUAAGCUCAUCUACCUAUGGUGGUAAGAUGCUACAACUGCGGUUACGACGGGCUUACUCGUGCUGAAGUUAUCGAUGGUGCAGCUGUGUGGGUUACUUGCAUUGUCUGCUGCUUGUUCGGUUGCAUAUUAUGCGCUCCAUGCACAUUUUGCAUGGAUGGACUUAAAGAUGUCAAUCACUAUUGCGGAAGUUGCCACACUCUAGUUGCUGUUAAGAAACCAUGCUCAUGA